CACAUCCAUCAUCGAAUCAGCGAGCUUGAAAUCCGUGCGCCGACGGCUGAUGAACCUCGGCAGGCUCACCCCCGAUGACCCGAUGGGCUCCCUCCCUAAGCUUGGGCUAGUCUAAACCCGAUCCGAGUCGAACUGGCGAGCGCGUUCCAUGUCAGUGGCCAGGACACAAGAUCCGAGGAUCCCACCACCACUCACGAAUCCACCGCGGAACGACCCCAGCUCAGUCCCAGCGUCCAAUGAAUGAGGCAGACGGUCCCCAGAAAGGAUCCUCCCACCCCCCAGCACCACUUGACUAAGCCAGUGCCCGAGCCAGCUGUUGGUUUGGGCUGCGGGAGCCUGGUCCCUGGACUCUGUUCCCUGUUCCCUGCGCCGAGUCGGGACCAGAUCGCGUGUCGUUGUGUGCCAACCAGCCAACCAACCAUUCAACCAUUCAAGCGAGCCCCCAUGGAUCGAAUCGAGGCCACCACCACAGCCUCCUCGGUCACUCUGGCCUGAGGCCCAGCUCCGACGAGGUGUUUGCUCCCGCCCACCCUUGAUUCAUGGCACCUCACGCUCCUCGUCAGGCAUAGACCGAAAGACAGGCGAGAGGCCACUCGUCCCACUCGUCCCACGCUUCCCAAACGCUUCCCAAACGCUAGUCCCACCCACCGGGCCAGUGUCCCACCGUGGUUGGAGUGGUGGCUGGUGGGGUCUGACCUCCACCAGAAAGCCAGCCGUCUAGUGCCUGGGGCAGGUGGAACGGACACCCAUUGGCCAACCCCGAUUGUCCACUCAGUGGGUUGAUCGUGGUCGAAUUGGAGGCGCAGCAUCCGCACCCGCACGAUCAUCAUGACCUCACCCAUCCCUUCGGUGGCCGCCUUGACCUUGAACCCGACGCGGGGACCGCCCCUGAGGGCUCGCCCCGCCGGCGGUGGACCUGAACCACCCUUUAGUCGAACGGCCAGCCACCCGUAUUUGAACGCCAAGAAGAUGUGCGUGGUCACGUCUAAACGAAGUUUUCUGCUCCUGUUGGUGUUCUUUGAAACCGUGUGCACCAAAGUGGGCAUUUCCGAAGGCUUGGAUCCGGGUUUUAUGCCGUCGGAUCCCAACCUGCGAUAUCUAGUCGAGCCCAACUUUCCCAGCUCUUCCCACGCCUCCUCGUCCUCAUCCUCUUCGUCUCAGAACCUUCCUCAUUAUCAACAUCCCGACGACGGGUCUGAGGAAAUCAGUGACGAAGGUGAAACAAUCACCGUUUUGGGAAGUCCAAUCAAAUUUGAUCCCCCCGAGUUGAACUUUGAAGAUCAACCCCUGGGGAUGCCCAUCAUUCGCAAAGUUCUAGUUCAAAAUCUAAAUGCGGAGAGUAGCAUUCAAAUGCUCUCAAUAUCAGGGAACACGAUUCAUUUUCAGUGCUCCUUUUUCACCGACAAGGUGAUCCCACCUUUGGGCAAUACCACGUUCGAUGUGGUGUUUUUGGGCCGAGAAGAGGGUCCGGUGGAGAACACGUUGUACAUCCACACGUCCGCGGGGAGUUUCCGUUUUAUGGUCAAGGCCUCGGGCACGCCCAACCCGUACCGGCUGAAGCCGUUGGUGGGCGUCAAGAUGCCCUUGAACUCGUCGUACAGUCCAGUCAUUGAGAUGCACAAUCCUCAUCCGGAGCCCAUUCAAGUGCUGGAAAUGUUCUCAUCCGGCGGGGACCUCCAUUUGGAAUUGCCCACUGGCGAGAACGAAGGACCUCAAGCCAUUUGGGAGAUCCCUCCCUAUCAAACCAAGUCCGUCAUGAAGGCCUAUUUUGUGGCCCGAAAUGAAAACAACUACACGGCCUACAUCAGGAUCAAAACAAACACGACGGAAGCGGAAUUCUUGUACCUCCCUCUAGAGGUGGAGGUGUCCUCUCAGCCGGGGAUCUAUUGUCCCCACGAGAUGAUUGAUUUCGGUCUGCUUCCCUCGGGUGGUCCAUCUCGGACCAUUCAACUCAUGGUCUUGAACUCGGGCUCCAAGUCGAUUUCCAUUCAGAGUGUCAUUGCCACGCCAGUCACGGAGGCAUUAGUCAUUGAUUUCAAGGCCACCAAGGCCAUGCCAGGAACGGAAAUACCCACGGUCGUGGCCGAGGUCACGUUUGAUUCCGCACUAGUCCACGCCCAAGGCGUCCACACGGGGAAGAUUGUGAUCAAAUCCAAAAACAGCCAAUUCAAAGUCACCAUUCCGUACCGAGCAGAGGUGUUGCCGGGUGAACUGUCCCUCAACGAUCGAUGCACGCACUUCUUCCUCAAAUACGAGCGAAACUCCAAAGAUGAAGUCAUCCUCGAUCCUCAACCCAAAGAGAUUCGUCGAAAUGUGAGCGUGACCAACCAAUUCCGAGUGCCCCUGGCCAUUCACAAGGUCACCCUCCCACCCGAAGCCCAACUCUUCUUCAAUGUGAGCCAAUUUGAGCCGAUCAUCAUCCAACCGGGUCAAAAGGUUGACCUGGUGGAACUGCAACUCAAAGAGCACGCCUGGAAGGAACGCCUCCUGGACUCGCACAUCCUACUCCAAACCAAUAUCUCAAACAUGGAAAUCCCCUUGGUUUGCUACCACGGUCAAGUCACACCCUUCUUCCCCGGAUCGCCUUCGCAACAAUUCUUGAAUUUCGGCACGCUCGGAAUGUCCGAAAAGCGAGACGUCUAUUUCACGGUGAUCAAUAAGAACCCGGUGAGCGUCAUGCUUCGAGGGUGGGGCUCCAAUCAAACCGGAGCCUUAGUGGAACUCAUGGGCGUGGACCGAGGCAUCGAGAGGGACAUCCUGCAACGGACUAAUUUCUCGGGCAUGACACGGAAACUGAUCCUCCCCUCCGGGCAUUACCUUGUGUUUCGCAUUGGCGUGAACACGCGGGACCAGGAGGGCACCAUCAAGGCCUCGGUCUUUGUGGAGACGGAUCACGACGCCUUGGAUGUGUUGUUUCAAUACACGGUGGCCGAGGGGUCGCUCCACACGGUGCCCAAAGAGCUCGUGUUCGAGCCCGCAUUUCCCGGCAAACGCUCCAUGCUCAAGCUCAAGGUGUCCUCGUCGUUUGCCCAAGUCAUGACCGUGGAAACUGUGUCUCCUGUGCCUCACGAUCCUCGGUUCAAUUUCAUCAAAGACAAACGAGGUGGUCAGAUCUCCACCGGCGAGAAUAGCUCCAUUGGGAAGGUGAUUUUUGACCCGGGGGCUCUGUGUCGAGAGAGCUCGGAUUGUUACUCGGGGUUCUCCAUUCGUAGCAAGGUGGGUCGAGAGUGGUAUCAAGGUACCACGUUGCAUUCCUCGACGGGUGAUCUAGCCGAACUGGACUUUGCUUUGGUGCAAAGUCAGGAGAAGCGCUUCGAAAAGGCCACCCAGCCCACUUCGGUCUUCAAUGUCACGCUCAGUUUGGACACGGACCAAGUGCGCGAGUUCUUGUUCCAAGCCCGCGUGAAUCUGGCCAUGCCCCGGGUGUUGCCCAUUCAUGAGAUCCAAUUUCCUCUCACGCAAGUGGGAAACACGUCUUUCAAAGAGAUUCUCUUGUCCAAUCCUUCGCACCACGAUGUGUACUUUCAUCUCGUGCCAUUCUCGUAUUACCCGAACGGGCCCAAACUCUCGAGUUUGAUGUCGACCCUCUGGAAUGGAGGAGAGUCGACUCGUGAUAAUGUGAACAGUGCGAAUCCAGAUCAGACUGAGCAACGGAAUGAAAGCCGAGGCGGUCCCUCGUGGAAGAACUACACUCAAGUCCAUUUGGAUACGUUUCGAAUCGUGUCUGUGUCCGAGAGUGCCAGCAAAUCGCCUCUACGGGCAUUUGGCGACGAUCUCGAGGACAAAUACGGCCGACCACUCCAUCCCAAUACCAAAGGCUUCAUCUUGAAGGGAGGCCUAACGGCCAAAGUGCGCCUGAGGUUUCGUCCCACGAUCACGGGCGAGUUCCGUCAAGCCUUGGUGGUUCGGAACAAUCUGACUGGAGUGGAGAUCAUGGACUUCACCGCCCAAAGUGUGGUGGGUCAAAUGCGAUUUGGACCGUGGACUGUCGGUCAGGAAGUCCACGAAAGCCCCUCGGAAGGUUUUCCGGUGAUCAAGUUCGAGGUGAAGGAGAAGCAUCUGAAGGAUUGUUUUCCCGAUGCCAAGAGACAACCCCAUCAAGCGCCUUUACUGACAGUCCGAAGGUCGUUUAAGAUUAAAAAUACGGGCAUGACCUCCGUUUAUGUGAGUGGGUUCGAUAUUGAAAACCAGCCUUGCGAAGGCUUCGGCUUCCGGGUUCUCAAUUGCGACGGCUUCAGUCUGAAACCCGAGGAACAGCGCGACGUCGACAUCGCCUUUUCCCCGGACUUUACUUUAGCCGUGGUCUCGAGAACCAUUAGCAUUCACUCUACAUUGAGUCCACCCAAUCAGGUCUUGAACUUCACCAUGGAAGCCACUAUUCCCUAUCCAAUGCUGGCCAUGUGCUCAAGUGUGCUGCCACGCCCCCCAUGGGAAUGGUACCUUCAUUUGGGGAUUAAUGGUCUCAUGGCUCUUCUCGGACUGAUUGUGAUCUUGGCCUCAUGCUACGAGAGCGAUCAGGUGGUUCGGACCUCAAUGUUCUCGCGGCAUAUCAUUCCGUUCACGCCAAUGGCCAUGCGGAACGACGCCGACCGCCAUGCCCGGCCUCCGCCCAAUGGACAAGUCUUCGACCUUCGGAAUGUCCAUCACGAGGUGACCGAAGAGCUUCGACAGCGCCAUCAUUUGGCCAGAGGACCAGCCGCCCUGAACAGCCGAACCUCAAGCAGUGUCAGCCACAAUGGCGAGGAGCUCCGGAGACGCCCUAGUCAGCCCACACCCGCGUCUCCCUCGCCCUCAGAAACGGUGCGUUCAGAUGAGCCGCGUGUAGUGCCCUCGCCGCCCUCGGCCCGGAUUUCACUUGUCAGUCUAUACAGAAUAGCGGGCAUUCCAAUGUCGGUGGGUCGAUCGGUUCUCAGUUGGUUCAAGUGGGACAGGGACAGCGAUGCUCUUGCAGGGAGCGUCCCUCACAAACAGCAACCAUCAGCAGGGUCAGUUGAGGAUCUCGGGAGUACAAGCACUCUCCUGACUCGUUCCUCUGAGCCCUCCACCCCGGUUCAGACCAAGACUCCCACGCCCACAGCCAAAGGGCGGAAAGCCAAGCGACAGCAGAAGAUUGCGGCCAAGAAGAGGACCCAAUGUUCGAAUAACAAUUAUGAGGAAGUUGAGACCUCUUCAACCACCACAGAAUGUUCAAACGCGGAUCAUGAGGAGCGAUCAAAUCAGUCCUUGAGCAAAGAACCCCACGAUCUCAUGAAUUUCACCACCCAGCAAGAAAUCCUAGAAACCCUGAGCAACAAAACCCACCUUCAACCCCCGAUUAGCUCCAAAUCCGGAGCAACAACCGGAUCAUCUGCAUCUGGAACGCCUAACGGACAGCCCAUUCAUCCCAAGCCCGGAAAGGGAUCUCAUAUCGCCAACAAUAAAUCAAACUCGAGCAAUGCAGCCCCGCCCAAGAAAGCUCCCCAUGCCGUCAAGCCGCCUUUAGCCGUUCAUGCGGGCAAGGAGGAAAUCCCGCAAGUUCAGCCUGCCACCGAACCUACGAGCAAGAAAAACAAACCCAAAGAGAAGUCUCAGGCCACGCAGAGGAAGGACACGAGCAAAUUGAGCUCGGAGGUCAAGAAGGAGAACCAGAAGAACCUAACAGCCAAGAGCAGUGCCAGACCAACGGCCUCGGGUUUCAAUAGCGCUCCCGCCAACGGCCCGAGUCCCUCCAUCCCGCCCCACCAGAGCACCAAUGUGAGGGCUUCUUUGUUAUCUGGCGAUCCCGGCGGGGAAACGACAGCGAGUGCGCCACCCGCCGCCAGUUUCUUCAACAACGAUGUGGCUCACCACAAUAGCUUGGUCAAGCCCACGCAAAAGCCCAAAGUCACGCCCAUUGGGAAGAUUCUACCCGAACCCAAGAAGAUCGAGAGUCCCGGGACCCAAUUUGGACCCAUUGGAGCCAAGCCCCGAAAGUCUACGUGGUUGGAUAGUCCGGCCGAAGCCCGACCACCCAACGACUUCUACAGUGCCGUGGACAAGCCGCCGCCCCCUCCAUCGGGCCCGAAUAGCCCCUUGGCCGACUUUGGCACAUUGACCCCAUUGCAGCGAUCCACAUCGUCUCCGUUCCAGGCCCCACCGGCGCUGGACCAGAGCCAUGUGGUCCCUACAGCGGCUCCGUUGGCCAAUCAGAAUGGAUCGCCCCACCGAUCCCUGAUGCAAGACCUUCAGGCGGAGCGGCGUCAGAGGACGGAAGAGUUCUUGAAGAGCCGUAAUAUGGAAUGGCCGGGCUUUGAGCGGAGCCAGUUGGAUUUUGUGAGUACGUUGUGGGAUCAGCCGGGCUUGGGUCCUGGAGUGCAUGAACCCGCCAAUCAUUGGGGCUCGAUCGUGCCAUCUGGACGCACGUGGCCAGAGGAGGACUUUGGCAUGAGUGUGAACCCGCGUUCGAGUCUGCCUCCGGCGCAGCAUGCUCCUCCCGUGACGGCAAACCCGUUGAAUGAGGCGAAUCUGUUCGAGAUUUGGGACGGAACCGCUCCACAGCCACGAUCCAACCACGUGAACGGCUUGCCCAUGGGACAUGUGCCUCACAAUGGUGUUCUGCCAGAUGGUUUGCGACUCCGAUCGACCGGCAGCCCCUCUCUGGCUCCCGCUCAUCCUCCUCCUCCCUUUCUUGCUUCUCAUCAACAUCCUCAACAUCAGCCACACCAACAACGUCAACCAUCGAACGGCCGGUCCGAGGAGACCAGACCGGGCUUGAACGAUGCCAAUUGGGGCUCCGCCUUGUUCCACAAGAACUAGAUCUGGACAACGUAUGUGGACCAUCGCCGGCCUCGGUGAAGCAAUGCUGUUGAAAGGUUUGAAACACUCCCUUACUUGUUUCACCCCUUUCUUCGGCGGUGAGGGGGGUACGGAUGGGGAAACAGUGGAAACAGUCCUCGGCAUUAUUGUUGGAUGGAUGACCGGCUGCCCUGGGGUUCCGAUGAGCCACGCCCUACGCCCUUUUGUCAAUAACAGAAACACCUCGAGUCUUAUCUUGGCUGCCGUUCGUUCGCGUAUGUUCAGUUUGCUCAUUUUUGCUCCAUUUCAAUGUUGGAGGCCGGGAAAACGUAGAUCUCGGCGUCUUAAUUAUCGAUUCCCGUCAUUUCUUCAGUUGCUGUGAUAUUUUUCCUCCUCACAUCAGAAAUUUAAACCAAUCUACUGCUGCUACUACCAAUGUUGUUUACAACAUGAUCACUAUUCGUAUUAGUAAGUCCAGGAAAAUAUAUCACGAACAUUGUCACCUCAUUUAGAUCCUA